GACGUUGCGCCCACGUCUUACGUCAACUCAAAAUCGAAGUAGAUUUCUCCAGGCGUACACUCUUUAUUUUCUGUAUUGCAAUAAACAGUUUUGUAUAUACAUUCUUUAACAUGGUGUAUCUGAAACCGCGGAAGCUUGCUUUUAUACUGGAAAACCCUUGAGGAAUACCACGUAUGGGAUCGAAAUCUACGCUUCUUUCAGCUAAGCUAACGUUAUUGCAUCUGUUAGCAAAACUUGCUAUCAGCAAAGCUAGCGCUAGCACUUAGCCUUCCCUGCCCUACCGUCGAGCUAGCUAAGUAUUAGCACUUUAGCCUAGCUCGCUAACCAGUGACAACUGACAAAGGGCAUGGAUGAUGUGAUCCUGAAUAUGCCAGAGUGAAAAAAAACAUUUUUAUUGCUGGUGUCACCACCAACUACCACUGACUCAUACUGUCAAAGUCAACCCAGAAGACUUGCUCCAAAAAUCAUCACGAAUCCCUGUCUGCAUUUUCUCCUGUACCUGAACCAUGUGAGGGCCCCUCGGUCCUGUCUGAGGGGAUCCCGGGACUGUUGCAAAUACAACCCCGCUGUGCGGGGUUAGACAGAUCCUGUCUGUGUGAGAAAGCAGUCUUUCAAAACCCCUCCGCAUCCACAUUUUACCGUUCUCCUUACCAAGGAGACACGCCAUGAUGUUCCGAGACCAGGUAGGUAUCCUUACGGACUGGUUCAAGGGCUGGAAUGAGUGUGAACAGACGGUGGCACUGUUGUCCCUCCUAAAGAGGGUCUCCCGCACCCAAGCUCGCUUCUUACACAUCUGCCUUGAACACUGGCUGGCAGACUGCACAGAGAUCCACAUACUAGAAGCUGAGGCCAACAAUGCAGCUAUAGUCAGCCAGUGGCACCAGGAGCCAAAGGAAAAAGUGGUGUCCUUGCUACUAUCCCACCUGCCUCUGCUGCAGCCACGCAACAGUGAGGCCAAAUGCGAGUAUAUGAAGCUGCUGCAAAAGGUUUUAAGUCACACUAUUGAGAGUAGUCUGUUUGUGGAAGAAAGUAGACAGUUGUUGUCCUAUGCGCUCAUCCACCCUGCUACCACACUGGAUGACCGCACCUCUCUGGCCAUGUGGCUAAAUCACCUGGAGGAGCACUUGUCCAGCGGUUACACACCCACCUCCCGAGCACCAUCCAGCCCCUACCACCCACGCCAGGGCUCAGAUGAGUGGCCCAGCUCUGCUGAGGCCCUGGACCCGGCCCACGCCUGGCAUGACAAGUCAAGUUCAUCUAACACGUCUCCGGCAGGCCAAAAUGGACACAUGCCUUUCCCAGGUGGGAUGUCCUCUCCCAUUAACAGCAAUAAUGCAGGUCUGGUUGGGCAGAUGCAGCCAAGCCCCUUGAAGAAGUCAAUGUCAGUUAUCCCCUCAAGUCCCCAAGCUUGUGGCUCUGAGUGGAUUAGCCCAGAUGACCAAGGGGGUCGGCAGGCUUUCAUUCCAACAGAUCACGCUCCCCUUUCUCCUCAAAGCAGUGUGGCCUCUUCAGGCAGUGAACAGACAGAAGACCAGGGCUCCACACGCAACACCUUUCAGGAGGAUGGUAGUGGCAUGAAAGAUGUUCCUGCAUGGCUGAAGAGUCUCCGCCUUCAUAAAUAUGCAUCACUUUUCUCCCAGAUGACCUACGAAGAGAUGAUGAUUCUCACAGAGCAGCAUCUGGAGUCACAGAAUGUCACUAAAGGAGCACGGCAUAAGAUUGCCUUGAGUAUCCAGAAGCUGCGAGAGAGACAGAGUGUCCUCCGGUCAUUAGAGAAGGAUAUUUUGGAAGGAGGAAACCUACGUAAUGCCCUCCAAGAGUUGCAACAGAUCAUCAUCACACCCAUCAAGGCCUACGCCCCACCCAGUGUGUCACAGACCACAUCGGACACAACCACAUCCCCUUCAGAAACAACAAAGCCAGGAGCAGAUAAAGAGAAUGCCUCAGAGGGUUUCCAGUCUCAUAACCCACCUCCCUGUGAUGGAGACUCCUCAGCCACACCCAUCUCAGAUGGUGACAUUGCUGGACAGUUCACUCGUGUCAUGGGUAAAGUGUGCACCCAGCUGCUGGUGUCAAGGCCAGAUGAGGAGAAUAUCAGCUGUUACCUCCAACUUAUUGAGAAAUGUCUGACACAUGAGGCUUUUACAGAAACUCAUAAGAAAAGGCUGGUCUCUUGGAAGCAGCAGGUCCUCAAACUACUCCGCCUGUUCCCUCGGAAAGCUAUGCUGGACAUGCCUGUGUACCGACAGAAAGGCUGGACAUAUGGGUCUAAUUCCCUCCCCACAGCAGGUUCUGUGAGUGGAGGUGUAGGGCGGCGAGGCCAAAGGCAGUUCCAGAUGACACCUCGGGGACUUCCAGCUGGACGUAUGGGUCUUCUGAGUCCUGGGGGAAUCAGUGGGGCAUCUCCACGCCACACACUCACUAAUCCAGCACUAGCAGGCCAGGGUAGACAAAGCCUGUGGUUUGCCAACCCUGGAGGCAGUAACAGCAUGCCAAGUCAGAGUCGCAGCUCUGUGCAACGAACCCACUCACUCCCUGUCCACACUUCCCCACAGACCAUGCUCAUGUUCCAGCAGCAAGAAUGCCAAGUUCCAGGUGCUGACCUGGAGAUCAACCCCACGCUGGAGUCACUGUGCCUCAGUAUGACAGAGCAUGCCUUAGGGGAUGGAACAGACCGGACAUCAACAAUAUGAAAAGAAGAAAGGAAAAAAGAAAUACACUUCAGUUGAGGCCUGUUUGGUUCCUCGUCACCCAGCACAAAGAUAUACGUAUGCUUAAGUAAACCAGGCAAAACAGUCACUACAAAAUGACAAAAAAACUGUGUAUAUGUUCUCUAAUAUUUUUGUACUUUAUUAUAUACAACUAAGUUUAUUAAAAAUGGAAUACAGAUGAUUAUUAUAUUGCAGAACAGAGAAAUGGUAAACUGUAAACGGCUCCAUGUCACAUGCAGGACUGUGACAUGAAGUGCAGAGACUCAGUUUGCCAUAAUUGGAUGGAAACAGUGGAUUUGGUGCUGUCUUAAAAGGGCUCUGCCCUGUGAGUUACUCCUCUUUUCCUCUUGCCUUGGAGAAAGGCUUCUUUCCAGAACACACUGACAGCCACAGCCCCAUGCACCACAUAAUGUGUAGGUUCAGAAAAUUUCUAGCCAGAAAUAAGGCACUUUUAUUAAAUUAUCUCUGAUAUUAGCACUAAAUUGUAAUUUGCCCCAAGAAUAUUGAAAGGCGCUACUUGUGGACAUGUCCUGGUAUAUGGACAUCAAUACGAGUCCUGGCCAUGCUAAUUGUUCAGUAACCAGUACUAGUGAAGGCCUGUGCUGGUUGAAGCAUUCCUUGGUUCUUUAUAUCCUCUUCAGAGAACAUGUUUUUGUGGCAAAGACAGGAAAGGAGGACCAAAAGGACUAAGGAAAAAAAAAGCUGAAUUCAACUGUGGGCGUACCCCUUUGUCUAGGUUGUUUGCCCUACACUUAGUGAUAGUAAAAGUGACUUUCCUCCCACUUUUAAAAAGCCAAAGAGAAGGGUUGUGAGAUUGUCAAUUUGAGAAGAAUAUUUGUAGUGAAAGGAAACAGAAAAGUAUAAUUUUUUUUUCUAAAGAAAAGCAGUUUGAAGAAUUUAUGCCAGCUGCAAUUUGUUUCGUUAUUUUAUGCCCUACUACAUAAAUGAUGAUGAAUCUCAUUUUGUGCCGAGGAAUCCCCAGAGGGGUGAAUAAGGGCUGGUGAGGUUUGUACUGUGGGAGAGCUGAUUUGAUACUGAAUUGAUAAAAGCGAAGGGGUAGAGUGUUUUCAAUUUACACUCUAAUGCAGGGUGAGAAAAGUAAAUGAAACCCAUCUCAACCCUCUGCCACCCGUAUGAUUGGCUUUGGAAAAUGAAGCUUGAUCUUAUAAUAAAUGCUCUGGUGUGCAGCGCCUCACCCUUGCAGCGCCCUUUCCUCACAUGGCCAAUGUGAUGAUUUGAUGAAUCAUACUUUUCAAGGUGCUUGAAGAUGUCCAUAUUUUCUGUUUGUGUCUCAGUGUGUUUCACUCUCAGAACCCUAACAUUAUCAUGUGGUAUCAGUGUUCAAAAACUGUCUUAUAUAGCCUCUGUCUUUGAAUGUGGCAGAGCGGAGGUGCAUGUAUGUGUAAUAUGGUCUUAACUAUUGGAUCACUUUUGGUUGUAUCAUAAGGCAGGGAUAACCAUUCAUAUUUUAUUUCAGCAGAGCCAUAGGUCUGUCUAGUAAAGAUGGUUAUUUACAGAUAUCUUUUUCCAAUUGUAUUUUUUACUCUCCCUUGAUAUUGAUAACUUAUGCUUAUUUUCUAUAAUCGCAUGUUUUGCCACACUAAUACAGCACUGUUGUAGAUAGAGGACAUGGUGGUUGAUGGUGCCUAGUGUCACCAACAGCUAGAGAGAAGAAAUCUUGCAACUAAUGUUGUAUGUUUAUAUCGCCUAAAUGUCACUGUUUACAUCUCUCUGGGAUAAUGCCCAAUUCAUGUUAUGCGAUUUCAUGAAUACUCCAUUGUCUCACUGUGUAAAACAUUAAAGAACUGAAGCCGUCUCACUCUUGAGCUGGCCGGGUAGAGCCUGCAAAUGCAAGCCUUCUACCCAUCAUCCACAGACUCUACAUGAGUCAAUAGUUGUGUUUCUUCCAAGUGAUACCUGUAUGAGGCAUGCAACGCCUGCUUUUCUGGUCAUGCAGUGACGAGAGAAUAGCUUUCCUGGCCUUGUGAUCACCUGUUAGCUGUCAUGUCCUGAUAAAAUAUUCAUGUGGUGCCUAAAAUGCACAACUCCAGCAUCCUCAUCAUGUUGAUUUGGUCAAUGGUCUUUGAGCAGUAGUGUAGUCAUGGUUUUCUUCAGAGCAGGCUCUUGGAUAGAUCUGACUUGCUAAAUGCAUCAUACUCAUGCCCGUCAAGGAGUCCAGUGAGUUAACAAUGCUGACAACUUUAGGUCUCAGCUAUCUUAUUUUUAAUUAUUCACUAUACUGUAUAUCAACUGUGUUAUGUUACAUAUGGCUCAGAUUAUCCUUUUCAUAGCCUCUGUGAAGCUUUGAAUAGCCUACAUAUUAACUGCAUAUAGAUACAGAGGUACAAGUGUUGCAGCAGGGGAUGACGAUGCUUAUCUGAGCCACAAAUUAUGUGAUUACGAGUAAACCUAACACUAAUAACAGGCCAAGGAAUAUGUUUACUCCAUGUUUACAUUCCAGUGAUGUAUGAAAUGUGUUGGGAAGUGCACUUCAUAAAUCAUCCUGGUGUAUUCUCACAUACCAUGCAUCAGCUCGGAGGUACAGAGCCUGUGUCAUGUGGUCCUAAGAUCAUGUAAAUGUCCCUGCCAGGCUUACUUAUUGACUUUGCAGUCAGCUGAAGGCUACAUUGCAUAUAUGUCUUGUACAAUUUAUAUUUAAUUAUGGUGACCCCCAGACAUUUUCUAAUAUUUUAUGAACCUUUUGCAUCCCAUGCUUAUACUUUUUUACUGUCACUCGUGUGAAUGGUCUGAAGUGCAGCAUCCAUCGGAUCAUUGACAGUCCAAAUAAAGAGUUCACUUCUUUUGCAACUUCA